GUAUUAAACCUCCAAGCUACUGGACUUCUUUUCUUUUGCUGUUGACCGCCCCCAACACGUCCUGCCGGUUGCUGUUCCUGGUCAUCCUCGUCCAAGUUCUUCCUUGCUUAAACUCUGUCCAACCGUCGACGCUCAAUGUCGUAUCUGUACUUGAGCCUGCUCGUCUCGGGCCUGGCAUGGCUCUUAUACGUCGUCGCCCUGGUCGUAUACCGACUGUACUUCCACCCGCUGGCUCGAUUCCCAGGGCCCAAGUACGCGGCGAUCAGCAAAUGGCAUGAGUACUACUACGAUGUCCACUUGCAAGGGAAAUUCAUCUUCCAUAUUAAAGCCCUGCACGAAAAGUAUGGUGCGUCAAUGUGCUGGCGUCUGUGAUUGUUGCAAAUGGAGCUUGGGAUUGACUUGUGCUCGCUGAUACCACAGGGCCAAUCGUGCGCAUCACUCCAGACGAGGUUCAUAUUCUGGAUUCGGACUUCUGGGAAACCAUCUUUACCAAGGCUGGGAGAGUCGACAAAUACGACUGGAUGUCUGGUCGCUUCGGGAACGAGAACUCGGUCCUGAGCACGGCGCCGGAUGAGCUGCAUCGCAUACGACGGAAUGCGUUGAACCCGUUCUUCUCGCGCAAGAGAAUCAUUGACCUGCAGGUCAUCAUUCGCAAGAAGCUCAACCAGUUGAUCGCAAAAGCACGAGAAUCCCAGCAAUCUGGCGCCCCGGUGGUCAUCAGUCGCGGCUAUAUGGCCUUGGCUGAAGAUGUCAUCAUGGAAUACUGCUUCGCUCACGACUACAACAGUCUCAAUGUUCCUGAGUGGACGCCUAUCCUUCAUGAUCCGUUCAGGGCCGUCAGCAUCAGUGGGAACAUGUCGCUGCAGUUCCCCCUGGUGCCCAAGAUCUUGAACUGCUUGCCACAGUCGUGGCUUGUCAAGCUGGAACCAUUAUAUGCCCUUGUUUUCAAGAUGCAAGGAGACUUUGCCAAACAGAUCAUCGACUUGAAAGCCGGCAAGAUUGACGCGCUUGCUGAAAAAUCUCAGCACCCGACGGUGUUUUCUGAGCUGCUUCGUGGCGAUCUGCCUCCCAGUGAGAAGUCCGACCGCCGCCUGCAGGAUGAAGCGCAGUUGAUCAUAGGCGCUGGGCUCGCCACCACUGGCUGGACACUCAGCGUAGCCACCUUCUACAUUCUGAGCGAUCCGAAGGUCCUUGAACGCCUGCGCGCUGAGCUCGAGGAAGCCAUCCCAGACAUCAACGAGCUGGACCCAAGUGCUCCGCUCGAAUGGACAGAACUAGAGAAGCUCCCGUAUCUGUCAGGUUGCAUAAAGGAAGCCAUCAGGCUGUCCUACUCCACAACGGCGCGCAAUGCCCGUCUAUUUCCCAAGCCAGUUCAGUACGGCAAAUGGACCAUCCCGGCCAGGACGCCAAUUUCAAUGACAAUCCCGUUUCUCAAUCAUGACGAGGAAAUCUUCCCCAACUCCACCUCCUUUGUCCCUGAGCGGUGGCUCGAUUCACCCAAGGCCAAGAAUGGAUCCAGUUUAGACAGGUAUUUUGUGGGGUUUGGCAAAGGCACGAGGUCUUGUCUGGGAAUCAACCUCGCCUAUGCCGAACUUUACUUGACCCUGGCAGCUAUGUUCCGGUACUUCCAGCUUGAGCUGUACGAGACCGACAAGAGUGAUGUGGAGUUGGCUCACGACUUCUUUCUUCCAUUUCCCAGGCUUGAUUCCAAAGGCAUCCAGGUGGUUGUCAAGCCGACGGAGAACAGUGGGUGAGGUGUUCGAGAUGGUUUGGCGGCUCUGAGAUGAAGUAUCAAGAACCAGAUUAGUCCACGCGAUGGGUAGAUGUCUUUUCUCUUUGUCUUUUCGUCGCAACUCACCUCGUUUCCCACCUCGCUCGGCUGAAUUCGCUACAUUGACCCUGUUGAGGCUUGUUGGGACUGGCCAGUCGAACUUGCACACCCGUUCCAUGCCUGAUAAAUCAUAGGUCCGUGGGAGAGGAUAGUUGUUUCGUGGAGAAGGAAAGCUCCUGUGCCAACCCAAGUGCCCAUGUGAAAGGACAAUUAGGCUUCUCACUUGCAAACCUCAAUGCCUUUGUCCUCUCACUUUUCCACCACGGCAAAGGCAGCACCCGUGGAGCACAAUAGUAUGGGAUACCAGCCCCUCGAGGACAUAUCUGAGCAUCUUCCCAUCGCUGUCAGCGGAACAGUGACGACAGGCGAACCUUCUGACACGAAAAAGACUUUGACGUCAACAUUCGACGCUGG